AUGAUUGAUGAUGAAGCCUUGGGAGUCAUUGCCAACAUUCUUAGCAUCUUCAUUUUUGCUUUGGUUAUAGCUUAUCACCUAGUCACUGCGGACCCCAAAUAUAAAGUCAUCUAA